AUGGUUGCGCCAACAGUGAUUAGCCUAUCGGCACCAAAUGUAACUGGUUCCAUACCCAAGGCGCAAUUACUCUUCAUCUACACCAUGCCUGGAGCACGAGCUAGUGUGCAGGACCCUCGUUCAGAGGCGUCCAAGAAAAAGGACCUCAUUGCACGAGGGGAUUAUACACCCACUCCUGCCGGCAAAACAGUCUUCUUUCUCGCACGGGGCUUGGAACCCAUUUUGCAAUAUUCGAUUCUCGCCCAUGGCCUGGGGACCUCUCUUUUCCAGCGCGUGGGCUUGCGCACGCUUGCCCCAGGACUGCCAGCGCGCACUGGGUUCACAAUCAUUGAUGGCUUGCAGUUGUCGCCGUAUCGGCUAGUGCUGUUUGGCAUGGCUGUUGGCGCGGCCGUGAAGCAGAAUAUCUGGGUUACGACCUUGUCGGGAGAGCCAAUGCCUGUGGGAGGUGCUCUCGCUUUGGGAGUCUAUAAUGCUGUGGUCAACAGCAUGAGCUCUUAUGCCUUUUUGCUAUCUGCUACCUCUGCUUCGAGGGAGUCUACCUUUCCUCAGCCGGCCCUGAUCAUUGGCAGCAGGCUGUACGUGGUUGGACUGCUCACGGAACUUGUUGCUGAGAUCCAGCGUAAGCGGUUCAAGGCGGAUCCAAAGAACAAAGGGAGGGCGUACACUGGGGGCCUGUGGCAGUUUGCAAGACACAUCAACUAUGGUGGGUACACCAUGUGGCGGACUGGGUAUGCUAUGGUUGGCGGUGGAUACACGCUCGGAGCUCUCGUCGGCGCGUUCUUGGCCUGGGAUUUCGGGACGCGCGCCAUUCCCAUUUUGAAUGAGUAUUGCGAGAAACGGUAUGGGGCUGGUUGGGAACAGUUCAAGAAGGACACACCGUAUCGUUUGAUCCCUUUGCUCUACUAG